CGUAUCGCUUCAUGAGUAAAAAAAAAGCAUACAGUAGUGCACUGCGCUGCUCUUCUGCGCAGACUCUCAUGCUGAGGAAAAGACAGCUAGGUCUCCCCUCUCACUGAGGAUAAUAAGUCUUCUUACAAAGCUCUUAGGAGCUCAAAACUAUCUGUAAAGCUGUAUAAGCACCGGGUUGACGGGACCGAAGGAAGUGGCGCUUCGUACGGGGAGCUACCUGCUGACAUCGCCAUGAGUUACAAACCCAUCGCUCCUGCGCCUUCCGGCUCCAACCACACACCCCCAGGCUCUUCUGUGCCAUCCCCGUCUCUCCCCUCGUCCUCAAACUUCAGGCCAGCUUUCAGCGACUUUGGCCCGCCCUCCAUGGGCUUUGUUCAGCCUGUCAAAGUGUCUCAAGGGUCCACCUACAGUGAGCUGCUGUCUGUCAUUGAGGAGAUGAGCCGUGAGAUCAGGCCUACAUACGCGGGGAGCAAGAGCGCCAUGGAGAGGCUAAAGAGAGGUAUAAUCCACGCCCGUGCGCUAGUCAGGGAGUGUCUGGCAGAGACGGAGAGAAGUGCCCGCACAUAACCUUUUAGAACCCCCCCCCCCCCCCCUCACUCCUCUCGCUGUAGAGCCCGAAACAGGACCGUCUGUUUUACAACUGUUUUUUAUCCUCCCACCACUUUCCUCACUGGCUUUUUUAUAUGUGCAUUAUGUCCUGAACUGUUCCUGCAUUCCACCACACACAUUUUGUUCAUUACAAACUUCCUGUGACCUGUGGGGUGUAUGCAAAAUGCAGUUUUAUAUCUAUUUCUACAUGAGUGUGGGGAAUUUCAUCACAUUUCAAGUAGAAUUGUGGUUAUCGACAUGAUUAGAGUGAACAGAAAUGUUUGAAAUGCUUUCUGUUCAAUUAUGGCAAUUGACCAAAAAUCAAUGUUCUAUAUGAACUUGUUUCUAUUCUGAAUAUCUCCUCCCUCUCCCUACAAACAGUGAAAAUUCUUCUUUAAUUGAAGCAUCUUUACUAUACCCCAUUUCCAUUCAUCCUUUUUUUGUUUUCAUCAUGUUUUGUAGUGUGAACAACACACAUUAGAUGUUUCUCAACCUUAAAACUCAGUACAUCUCAUGUCAAUUUGUUAGGAAUUUUGUAAACCAGAUUUUUGCAGUUCGGUAUGUAUAUCUUAAUUAAAUAAUGGAAAAAAUAUUGUUACCAAUGUUUUCAUUUGUGAAAUGUG